CAAGGAAUCGACCGGCCACACGCACACACACGCAGCAGAGCCGGUUGCUUGGCUCGCAGCCGAACGCCCCCCUCGCCGUCGCACCGGCCUCGAAUCCGCUCCCAUCUCAUGGCGACGGCGAAUCAGCCGGCGGGCGAAGCCCUCGCGGCCCACAUCUCCAGCAUGUCCCGCCCGGAGAUGCACGACUUGAUGGCGCAGAUGAAGGUCAUGAUCGGCCACGACCAGGAGAGGGUGCGGCGAAUGCUCGUUGAAAACCCUGACGUCACCCGCGCGCUCUUCCGGGCUCAAAUAGUUCUUGGAAUGGUGAAAACACCCAAACCUGCACAUUCUUCAGACUUGGCCCAACCGUCAGUUGCUCAGAUUACUCCUACAUCAGUUAAUGCACCGGUGCAAGACCAUGUUAACUUGUCCCAAACUCAGCCACCUGCCAGGCAACAUAAUUUGCAACCUUCUGGCCCAUUCCAAUCGGGCGUUCCUAAUCUGCCAUCAUCUUUGGACCUUCCUACUAUGCCAGCCAACCCACCACAAUCAGCACAAGCAAAAGGAUACCCUAUGCAUCAGAUGCUUCCUGCAUCAGCACCCCAGUCAUCUCAGCACCCAAGUGUUACCAUGCCUCCUCAUGCCCCUCCACAUUAUUCAAAUGUUCCAUCACAUAUGCCAACAGUUCAUAGUCAGCCACAGCAAUCUUUGCAAAAUCCUGGAAUGUUUAACCAGCAGUUACAACCACCAUUGCCCCAGUUACCUAGGCCACCUUCCAUGCAGCCCUUUACACAUCAGAUGCAUCAGCAAGUACCCAGUUCGUUUGGUCAGCAAAUGUUGCAACAACCAAUGUUUCAUCCAGGCGGGAAUCAACAAAAUUCUUUCUUUACAGGUCAACAACAAUUGCCGAGCCAACCACCAUCGUUACCUAACCAGCCACCACCACAGCUAUACCAGGCUAAUUCACAUGUUAGCUCACACUACAAUUCUCAAAGCAUGCAAGUCGAUAGAUCAGCCCCAUGGGGACGUGUUAACCAAGAAACAUCAUCAGCUGGCUCCCAUUUCCCUGGACAAUUCCCUGGCCUACCCGGACAGAUGACCCAAGGGAUUGGCGGUAUCCAGACAGGUCGCUCUGAGGCACCCUUGACGCCUGACAUGGAAAAGAUGCUAGUACAGCAAGUCCUGAGCAUGUCGCCAGAGCAGAUCAAUAUGCUGCCUGCAGAACAACGGCAGCAAGUGCUUCAGCUACGAGAUAUGCUACGGUCAUGAUAGACGGGCAGCUGCCUGAGUAGAAGAACCAGCAUAGAGCCACUCAGAUUAGUCCGGUGGUCCAUACCCAGCAGGUGCCGCAAGAUACCUCCAUGUUUAAGCAGCCAUUUGACAUCCCUGCUGUAGUCUGCAGCUUACCUGGGAAUGUGAUUGUAGAAUGCCAGUCCAUUUUGUUACCUAUAGGCAGUUGUUUGGACAUGUAUUUCGAUUAACAAAUGAAACGGCAGGUUUCAGUACUCUUUUGCUACGACAAUUUCAUGCCUUUGUUGUGAUUUGUAUCUGAUGAUGGGGAGCCAUUGAGAUGACUGAUUGAUAUAAACGUUCGAAUGGCGAUUAUCUGAACUUUCUUGUUUCC